AAUCAAUGUUACAUUCUCAGAGAGAAACGUUACGCUUUUAUAGCAAAAUCGUUUCUCUCUUUUUCCUAAAUAAUAUAUAAAUUUGUAGGUAAAUGAAUUUAUUUCAGGCCGCAUUGCUCGGAGCAGGUGGUUCCUUGAUCGGAAUCGGCGCGGACCUCAGCGGUUCUAUAAGGGUACCGGGACUUUUCUGCGGGAUCUUUGGAUUCAAACCCUCGCCGAAAGUUAUUCCGAGCACAGAUCAUUUACCAUCGAACAACAACGAAAAUUUGCAAAAUUACUUGACGUUCGGCCCGAUGACUAGGUACGCAGACGAUCUCAUUCUGCUUAUGAAAGUGAUGUCGGUGAAAUCCAAUCGCGACUUAUGUCUUGACGAGCCGGAUGAUUGGAAGCAAAUGAAGGUCUAUUAUCGAGACAAUCUGAGUAAUUCACUUAGUAUUUUGUCACAGUCACCGGAAUUCAAACAUUGCAUUCUAAAAGCUACUAUUCACUUUGUCGAACGCGGUGUUCAUACGGAGAAGAUACCAAUAGAAUGGCCUGCCUCGUUAUUCGAAAUGAUAGUGGCGCAUCUUAUGGAUAUUGGAAAGUUGGACUUACUUAUAGAUGCCAAGAAUCCCAAGCUUCGAAAGAAUCCUAUAGUGGAAAU